CAUCAUAACCGCCUACUCCCAUGCAUUUGCAUGUACAACCCUUUACCAGGCCAGCUGCCCCUUUCCUUUCUUCACACUGAAUUCUAAUCAUUACUUUCAAAGGAGACCGACUCCAAAGUACCAUCCACAAGUGUGCCCAUAGGAGGAAGCGCUCCCUCCCUCGUCUCCUCUUAACACUUUGGUUCUGGAGCACUUCCAAGCAGGAACCCUCCACUACUCUGCAGAAAAAAUAACGAGACGGGAUAGCAUGAGGCUGAUUCUGGUUAAGCCCACCAAUGCAACCCGACGCCUCGACUCAACAGGUCAAGUAUUCCGUGAUGACCGUGAGGGUUGCACCUCAAGAGGUCAGUCACACCCGACGAAAAAUCCUGAGGGGAUGCCUGAACAAUACUCAGAAACACUCAUGGAGGUGACUUCACCAACACAGGAGACAAAACUCUGUUGUGCUGCUUCAGUGCCGCAUGAAACUUCCAAUGGAGUCAUUCCAUCCCCAAAAGUUUCCCUUCAGAUGUCUCCGCAGCAAACUGAAAGCGUGACCAUUUCUCAGAUAAAGAAUCAGGACUGGCUGCUGCUUUGUGGCCAGGUUAGUGGUGAAGGAGCCGAUUCAUCCUCAGUUCAGAGACCAGGCACGGGUAUGGAUCAUCCAAAGAAUGACACACGUGCUUGUUCCUGUCCAAGUGCAGAUCAGCAACAUUCAGAAGCGUCUAUCUUUCAACCUCAGUCAAAUCACAUUUCACUUCAAGGUUGUCUCUUGCACAAAAUAAGCCAUUCAUCCUCACCCCACUCACAGUUUUUCUCUCCCAGCACCCGCAUUUCUGACGAUCACCAGGUUUUUCCACAUGGAAAAAUACAAAGGGACCUCCUGAAACCUGCAAAUAAGAAUUUGCAUGGUAGUUUCAUGCCUCAGGGCAGCAACCAACAAACACAAAAGACUCUUUCGCAACAACAAACUUGCAGUCAUUUCAAAGAUGCCAAUUCGAACUUCAACAUCCCUCUGUACGCCAAUGAUUGUGCCGAGAAAAACAAGAAACUCAUCCAACAUUCUCUGCCUGCCGGGAGUGGCGAGCCCAACUGGAGGGAGAUCUUUCAGGAUUGUGAAAAGCAACACGCGUGUUUCUCUGUCAGCGCUGGCGAAACCUGGAAGCCCCACAAAGAUCCUCCCAUCAUCCUCCAGUGUCACCAUCUCUCAUCCAACCCUAUGAUCAGGCCAGCUCGCCUCAAGAGGUCCUCUAUGCCAGCCAUGAACCGCAGCGUGCAGUCCUUCUCCACCAGUUUGUACAGCUCACUUGAUCAUCAAGACUUAGCAGAGGAGGCAACGAGAACAACAUCUAGUCAGAAAAACACUAAGCAUCUCAGUGGAUCCCAAAUUUCACCUCCAAAGCAUGUCACUCCCCCUGAAGUCGCGGGAAGCGGCGUCCUUGGCAAUGGCAAUGCUGUGGGUUCACUGGUCAGCCAUGAAACUGUGACAUCCAAUUUGAAUGAAAUCCAAUCAGGCCAGCAGCUUUUUCACAGCACCCUCUUGGAAGAAGCCUUCUCCAAAGUCAUCAGAGAGGAUUCAAGUAAGGCCAUUUGUGACAACGCCACCAGAGAAGAAGGUAGCGUACCCCAGAGGAAGGACAUCAGCUUCAGACUCGGUCAGCGCAGAGCUCUUUUUGGCAAGCGCAAACAGCUGAGUGACUACUCUUUAGUCUGUGGAAUGUUUGGCAUUCUUGUCAUGGUGAUUGAGACUGAGCUGUCUAGAGGAUUUUACACCAAGGAGUCCAUCUAUUCAUAUGUACUGAAAGGUCUGAUCAGUAUUUCUACUGCUAUUUUACUUGGUCUUAUUCUCAUGUACCAUGCGAGGGAAAUCCAGCUCUUCAUGGUGGACAAUGGUGCAGAUGACUGGAGGAUCGCCAUGACCUUUGAGCGAGUUCUCUUCAUUGUGUUGGAGCUUCUCGUGUGUGCCAUCCAUCCCAUCCCGGGUCAAUACGUGUUCAGCUGGACUACUCGACUGGCAUUCAACUACAACACAUUGGUGGCGGACGCUGAUGUCGACAUUAUCCUGUCUGUACCCAUGUUUCUGCGCCUCUACCUGAUUGGCCGGGUCAUGCUCCUCCACAGCAAGCUCUUCACAGAUGCUUCUUCACGCAGCAUCGGGGCGCUAAACAAGAUCAGCUUUGACACUCGUUUUGUCAUGAAAACUCUGAUGACAAUCUGCCCUGGCACUGUUCUACUCGUGUUCAGCGUAUCCUGUUGGAUUAUUGCAGCAUGGACUGUGCGCAUCUGUGAGAGGUAUCACGACACACAGGAGGUGACCAGCACCUUUCUAGGAGCAAUGUGGCUGAUCUCCAUCACCUUUUUGUCCAUCGGUUAUGGUGAUAUGGUGCCUCACACUUACUGCGGAAAAGGAGUCUGCCUGCUAACAGGCAUCAUGGGGGCAGGCUGUACAGCUUUGGUGGUCGCUGUGGUUGCAAGGAAGUCAGAACUCACCAGAGCAGAGAAACACGUCCACAACUUCAUGAUGGAUACACAGCUCUAUAAAAAGGUAAAAAACACUGCAGCCAAUGUGUUGCGGGAGACCUGGUUGAUUUACAAACACACCAAGCUGGUGAAGAAAGUUGAUCGAGCGAGGGUACGCCACCAUCAGCGUAAAUUCCUGCAAGCUAUCCACCAACUGCGAAAAGUUAAAAUGGAGCAAAGGAAACUAACUGACCAGGCCAACACCAUCGCUGAUCUUGCCAAGACUCAGAACAUGAUGUACGAUCUGGUGUCGGACCUGCAGCAUCGAAGUGAGGAGUUGGACAGGAGGAUUAUGGCCAUGGAGGACAAACUGGACUUGAUGCUUCUCAACAUGCACUCACUGCCCGACGUGCUCUCUCAAGCAAUAACAAAGAUACAAAAAGAUUUUCUAGAUGACUUGGCCUGCCGUGUCCAUUUUCUGUCAUCCUCCUUAAGCUCCGAGUGCUGCUCUGUUCCAGCCAGGCCGCUCUGUCAAGGCCCCGCCUCAUCAGAGACGCCAUAUAGCUGAUUUGCCUCACCCUUUGGACAAAAAAAACAAAACAAAAAACAACAACAAAAACAAACAAAACACAAUCAGAAUUACCUCUUAAUUUAAACUACAGAAUGCACAUUGCGUGUGACCUAUUUGAAUUGCAGUAUCACCU